AUGGACAUCAAAACCGCCGCCCACCCCCCACCGACCUUCCAUCUGACCCUAACAACCGACCGCCCCACCGCCCGCGAUCUGCUCAAAGCCCUCCUGCACACAAUCUUCUUCCACCGCGUCUUCACCGCCCUGACGCCCGCCACGCACGACGUGCUCGACCUGACUCUCCCCUACGUCUCCGAUGACGAGAUUGAGGCUGUGAUUGAGAAGCGGACGGGGGCGUUUGUGCGGUAUUUAGAUAAUGGGGGAAACGGAGGAGGAGGUUCAGGAACGGACGGACACGAAGCCGGAGGAGCAGGAGGGGGAGGAAACAGCAAAGCGACUCUCACCCUCCACUUCCUUGAGAAGAAGCGGCGCAAGGGCUGGUUCGUAGCGAAAGCAGACGAAGAGACGAUUUGGGAGACGUGGGUGAUCACCCUCUCGCUCUUGCCUUCUGCUGGUGGGAGUGGUGGGGGAGGAAUCGCGGGGGAGAGGAAUCGCGCGCUCAUGGAGAAGUCGUUGCAGGAGGCGGUGAUGAGGGUGAUUGAUGUUGCCAAUUCGGAGAAGGGGCAUAUUCCGCCCAUCACUUCGACGGAGACGAAUCCGUUUCCAUUUCAGAUUUUGGUGGGGGGGAGAGGAUGA